AUGCGUCUCAACCAAGGCAUCACUGCAGAGGAAAGAGAAAGCUUGAAAUUAUUUGCUGAUUGGGUUCUUAAGAUUGAAAAUGGUAAGGUUUCUCCUCCUGUUGAAGAUUUAUCAUCAUAUGAAGAGGAUGAUAUUGUGAUCCUUAAUGACUUUUGUGAUACUGCGUUAGAAAACAAUGUUGUGAACAUGAUAAACUGGACAUAUCCUAAUUUUACGGAAAAUUUCAAAUGCCCCAAAUAUCUCAGUGAGCGAGCCAUUUUAACCCCAACCAAUCAUACUAUUAGUCAUCUAAAUUCUGCAAUUGUAGACACCAUUCUGGGGGAGGUUCAUACAUAUUAUAGUGUUGACAAAGCUGAAGAUUUUGGUGGUACUGCAUCUGAUCUGGAUUUUGCAUUCCCACCCGAGUAUCUACACUCAUUUAAUAUUCCCGGUUUACCACCACAUGAACUGAAACUGAAAGUUGGAGUUGUUGUGAUGCUUAUGCGUAAUUUAAAUCAAACUUUGGGACUUUGCAACUGA